CACUCACACACGCACACACACAUUCACGGCAGCAUCCACUGCUGAUGUCAGACUCCAGUCAUGUCGACCCUCGUCAGCACCAUCAUCUCCAUGGUUUUUGUACUGAGAUCUAACUGAUGAUGGAUCUAUACGGCAGAGGAGAGCUGGGGCUGCUGGGCGGAGGGGAGAGCCUGAGAGAUGACAUGGGCGGAUCUGGGAUCAGCUGGUCGGCUAAUCGACUGUCAGAGGACAUGUACCCAUCAUCAGGAUUGGCCUUGGCCGCAGCCUAUCAUGACAUUAAGACCCGGCUGGCCAGUCUGGAGAGGGAGAACAGCAGCAUCAAGAGGAAGCUCAAACACUAUGAGUUUCCCAUGAUCAGUGAAUUUGGAGAGGAGAGGAUAGUGUGUUAUUCUCGUGAGCCCAUCAUCAAGGAUGCCAGUGACAUUCAAUCAGAGACCACUAACCUACAACAGAGGAUCAACUCUCUCACUCAGGAGCUUCAGAAGAGUAAGGACAGAGAGGAGAGGCUGGAGGAAGUCAUCCAGGCAUACGAGAAGAUUCACUUGGAGAAGAGCAAUGUCCAGAGAGACCUAGACAAAAUGACAACUCUAGCGGAGCAGCAUGUAGAGCGGAUCUGCAGCUUGGAGUCGGCUCUUAGACAGAGACAGACCUCCCUUCAGAAACUCGGCACUCAAAUCCGCAGCAAAGAGGCACGUCAGUCUCAACACCACGCCAGCCUGGGUGUACCCAGAGAGGGCCGCGGGCCGACGCUGCAGAGCUCCCGUAGUCUGGAUGCCCUGUCCGACCUGAAACUGCAGCGACUGGAGGCAGAGCUGGAUGGGGCAAGGCACCAUGCCGAGGGAGCCUGUCAGAGGGAGAAGGAGUUGAGGGUUGAGCUUCAGAGGCUGCAGCAGGAGGCAUCUCAGCUGCAGGAAGCACAAAGACAGUCACAGGAGUUGCCCCCACACUGUGAGCACUGUGACGUAGAAUGGAUAAAGAAAGCUGGAGAUGAACAGGUGAACCUUGCGUUAGCCUACACUGAGCUAACAGAGGAGUUGGGUCGGGUUCGCAGUCUGGCUGCAAAACAGAGUGACCUGCUACGCCACGUCUCCCAAGAGCCUGGCUCUCGUCCUCCCGCAACUCCGCAGCGUCUCUCCCCCACCUCCCCCCAGCGCCCCUCACUCUCCCCUGAGAGGCUUCUGCCCACCCCGUCUCCUCCACUCUCCCUAUGCGACAGCCCCGUCUCUCACUUUCAGCAGCCAACCAGCAGCCGCCUACGAGCAAAGUUCCAAGGUCGCCGCAGUUACUCGGAGGUGUCCGACACAUCAGCCAUCCACAGGCCCUCAGCACGCUUGAUGAGGGACCCGGUUUCCACUCUCCCCAAGCCCAGGCCACUGCUGGGCGAGACACGAGGCUACGGCCAAAACAAACAUCAGCUCCGCACCGCCUUGCUGGGCCUCGUCAGACCAGCCUCAGCUCAUGGAGGGGAGAGGGGGGGAGGAGGGGGAGGAGGGGGAGGAGGAGAGAGAGGUGGGGGCAGCAGUUUGACCAGCAGUCCUCAUCACUGUGCACUGGACCUGGGAUUUCCAAGGGCUGCUGAGGGUCAUCACUUCUGUCGCCUUGAUGACCCACCUGAACCCACCCCACUGGUGACACCUCCACAGUCCUCUGAUGAUGAAGAGGAUGUUUGUGCAUAUCUGUCGCCGGCUUCCAGCCCACCUCGGACUCUUGGGAUUCUCUCAUCAUCACCAAGAGAACAGCCCCUACACCCCUCGUUCCCGUCUCCAAGGAAACAGCCCCAUCAUCCCUCCUUCUCUGCCCCCGAGGGCCCUGCCACCCUCUCCUGCCAUCUGCCUCCCUAUAUGAACACAGAACAUGCUCAGUCAUGGCCUUCUAUUAACCUCUGGAUGGAGUCGGAGGAGAGCGCUGUUCGCAGCUGCCCUUUGUGUCAGCUGACCUUCCCAACUGGUUACCCUGAUGACGCCCUCAUAAAACACAUCGACUCACACUUAGAGAACAGCAAGAUCUGACUUGUUGUUUUUUCGUCUCCACCUGAUUUCCCCAGAGUCGAUCUUGACUGAUUUGAACACGGUAAAGAUUUGGCGAGCCUGCAUGCUUCUUUCAGGGCUCCCAGUCAAACUUCUACAUGGAGACGGAGCAAGUCGGUUUUUCUACACUCCAGACUCUUCAUCUUUGUUCACCAGACAUACCUGUAUUGCCUAAUCUCUCACAAAGCACCACAUCACUGUUCUUUAUCAAAUGGUGUUUUGUUUCUCCUUUCAUAACCAAACUCUGCAUUUGUACACAACUGAGUGCUGAGGAAAUAGCAGGUAUAGAAAAGACAGUACCUUAUAUCUUAUUGCUAGAUUCCACGACGCAGACAAAAGCUGCUGAUGGUGUGAAAGAAAAACUGUAUGGUGGUCUGAGAGCAGCUGUGGACACAUGUAAGGUCACCUGUUGCUUUCAUGUCCCAGAAUGCAUCAGAGCACCUGGAUAUCCCCUCUCACGUUGUCUUGAAGGAUUCAAAUUAAGAUUUAGUGAAGAUUUCUGGAUCCAAAGUGAACUAUUUAAUGAGGUGAAGAGUUAGAUAGUAGAAAGUUGUUUGAGUUUGUUGAAGAUGGGAUGACAGAAUAUAAGCACCAUGUGAUCUGGAAAAGACAUAAGGGCAGUUUAAACAGCUAUAUAAGUCUGGACGCUGAUGACAGUUCAUGGGGCUAUAGGCUGGAGUUUCAAAGCAAAGUAUGUGUCAAGUAAACUGAGUGAAAUGCUCCAAAGGUAAAAAUGUGAUUCAUAGAAAAAACAUCAUGUACUGCCAUCCUUCUGGUCUGGUGUGGUGAUGAAAGUGCCUUGCUCAAAGAUCAAUUCCAACUCACAAUCAUGUGUUGAAUGAUGGAUGAGACAAGGCCUUUCAAGUUUCUCAUGAUUAUUACUAACUGUCCAGAAUUCCUAUUUCUAAUAAUAUAGUACAAGUAAGAAUAAUUCUUGUUUCUCAUUUCUAUAAUGGCAAAGGGAAAAAAAUAGGCGUGGUUUCCUGUUUUUAAUCACAUUUUUACACUAGAAAUAUUCCACAUACGCGACUUUACCCACAGGGUUCCUGAUGAACUGAAGCUACAGAAUAGAGCAACUAAAUGAAGCAAACCAAAAAAAAAUAAUCUCUUCGUUUUUACACAGUGAGUCAAUCCAGGGACAGCAGAGAUUAAACAUCUGGCUCUUGGUGGAUUUGCAUUGUCAUCAAGCAAGGGUUCACUGCCUUGCUUCAGGGCACUUCACCAGAGCUCUAAUCCGUGGGUGGACGUCCACUGGCUGCUGGGAAAUCCAGCUGGAGGGAUUCUGAGUUCUCCCUCGCACGCUGAGAUUUUCAAAGCUAACAGAGAACUAUGGGAGAACAGAGCUGGCUCUAGAUCAGCCUCUGAGGGAAUACAACCUCCUCAUUUUAUCCUAACCGUCGCUCGGAAAUCAUCAACAUCAAGCUGCCAUGUUGAUCUGUGUGUGUGGUGUUGUUAGCGUACAUAUAAUACACUUUCACAACCUGUGUAGCUCAGAUAAUAUCAAACUUUGCGUUAUUCGACACCAUCACCUGCAAAGCUCAAACUGCUGGCCACUGUCAUUUUCAAACAAGGGAUCAAUCCUUCAAGAUGCUCGACCUGAGACUUUCAGGUUUGGUUCAUCCAAAGAAUAAAUAAACCCCCGGUGGUAUUAAGCCAUGAAGAUACAGUAGUUUUGUUUUAUAUAAUGAAAUAGUCCAAAUUGAAGUUUUGUUUUCCAGCUUGUACCUGAGCUUGUAACUGCAUCACAUAGCAUUAAGUCAAUGGCUCUAGCUAUUUCUGGCUAAUUGUGCUAAUGAAAACAAUGUGAUACAGCUGAAAGCCCCAGAAACUGCUGGUACGUGGAUUUCAGCAAGGAUGGAUUUUGUCAGAUGUCUACUGAAGAUCAAGAAUAAACUUUCACGUUGGUUUAACCU